AUGGGUAGCGUAUUCAGCUGUAUCAAGACUACUGAAUCUGAGCCCUCCACACCGGUGAAGAAUGACGAAGAUGCAGUCGUUAACAUUAAUCCCGAUGAUAAUUAUACGGUUGAAACAGGAGGAAACGACAGCACGAUCAAGACGGAAACAGAUGGGCCAGCAAAUUACCGGAACAAGAUCGUGACCAAAAUGGCGUUAAUUACUCGCACCAGAAGUAGGAGCAAAAAACUUGCUUGUAUAUUAGCAAUAUGUGUACUCACUUUAAAGAGCUUUUUGUCAUGGCUUUGUGAUGUCAUGCUGUUAGGUCAACCAGUGAUGAAUAUGAUUAUCAAGUAG